AUGUCAAAGGAGGAGGCUGCUGAAGUAAAAUGGUCCUCCAAGACAGGCUUCUUUUGGAAAUCAAAGUUCACUGCUUUGCUUCUAUUGUUGGUAGUUGCUUUUUUGUCAGUUUCAGUUAUUCAUUCACCGGUAAUUGAUAGUUCUGUGCUUAAGGACCUGAGCUUCUUGAAGGAAUAUGACCAUUCUGAAGUGGCUGAAUUUGCUAGAUCAAGUCUUGAUGGGUUAGCUAGAAAUUUUCAGGUUUGGUCUGCUAAUUCUGUCUCUUUCAUUUCUGAGUUGAUUUUUCAUCUCAGAGAUGCACACGAUUUGGGCCCCUUGCAGUAUUGUAAUUUGACUGCUUUAAUGGAGGAUGUACGGGUUGAUGGAUACUCUGUGUUUGAUCAUUGUGACAAAGGAAUGGAAAGGAAGUAUGAGUUUGAUGUAGUUGACAUUGAAGCCUUGGGAGAGAAUGGUCGGACAGAGAUUGGUGCAGCUGAAAACACUGUAGAAGUAUAUGCUGAUCCAGAAUAUGAUGAAAAAGUUAAUGAAGACGCUGAAACACCUGUUGAAAUCCAAGUUGUGGAAGAAAAGGGUCAGCCAGAGAUUGGAGCAGUUGAGAGCACUGUAGAAGUAGUACGUGUUGAUCCAGAACAUGAAGAACAAGUUGACCAAGAGGCUGAAGCAGCUGUUAACAUUGAAGAGGUUUCAGAAGGAAACAAUAAUUUUAUUUCUGGGGAAGUAGUACUUCAGGCUGCACAUGCUGAUUUAGUUGAACUAGAAAGUUCAAAAGUUGAGCAGAGUCAAGAAGAAAAUGUUGGUGCUGAUCACAUGGACAGCGAGCCAGAAAGAGCUUGA